AUGGAGAGCGAAGCGCUGCUAAAUGGAACACCUGAGGGGCCACGCCCCGCCGAGUCGGAGAACGCAUGCAGCUGCCUCUGUCCGGAGCACAAUGACCGCCCCGCCGAGCUCUUCUGUCGCCGCUGCCGGCUCUGCGUGUGCGCGCUGUGCCCCGUGCUAGGGGCGCACCGGGGCCACCCAGUGGGCCUGGCUUCGGAAGAGGCUGCGCACGUGCAGAAAGUCACCCAAGAAUGUUUAAAGCAGCUGGAAACCAAGAAGCAGCAGCAAGAAGACAACAAAAGCCAGAUAGAAGACAUUGCCGAGCAGCUCAAGGCUCAUGCAGAAGCAAGUAAAACCUGGCUGACAGGGAAAUUCACUGAACUCAGAUUACUACUUGAAGAAGAGGAAGUGCUGGCUAAGAAACUCAUCGACAAAAAUACCCAGCUUGCCCUCCAGGCGUACAGGGAGCAAAUCAAGUGUUGUAAGGACCAAAUCGAAGCCUUGAACAGUCUCUCCUACAGGGUCUGGAGCAUCAGCCAGGAGACCAGGCCUGUGCAGCUGCUGCAGGAGUUCACAGCUGCUGAGCCGGAGAUGAAGAAGCACAUGAGCUUGGGGGAGCAGCGCCACCCCGUGCCCCAAUCCUUCGAGCCCAUCAAGACCUUCUUCAAGGGCCUCGUGGAAGCCAUGCAGAACAUGAUGCAGAUGCCACUAGAAGUUCGCUUGAAGGAAAACAUGAGCUGCCAGCUCUCCGGCUUCUCUAGCACCAGGCCAGAUUCCGUGUUGAAAAUCCUUCCCUCACCAGAGCGCUCGUUCUUCUUAAAAUAUGCGCGCACGCCCACGCUGGAGCCGGACACAAUGCACGCGCGCCUGCGCCUCUCGGAGGACCUCCUGACAGUGAGAUGCUCCCUCUUCCGCCGCCUGGGGCCUACGCCCGCGCUGCGUUUCGACGAACUGUGGCAGGUGCUGGGCCGCGACUGCUUUGCCUCCGGCCGCCACUACUGGGAAGUGGACGUGCAGGAGGCCGGCUGCGGCUGGUGGGUGGGCGCGGCCUACCCCACCUUGCGGCGCCGCGGCGCCUCCGCCGCAGCCCGCCUGGGCUGCAACCGCCAGUCCUGGUGCCUCAAGCGCUACGACCUGGAGUACUGGGCCUUCCACGACAACCAGCGCUGCCGUCUGCGGCUCUGCCACGACCCCGACCGUCUGGGCGUCUUCCUAGAUUACGAAGCCGGCAUCCUCGCCUUCUAUGACGUGUCGGGCGGCAUGAGUCACCUCCACACUUUCCGUGCCGCGUUCCAGGAGCCGCUCUACCCUGCCCUGCGGCUCUGGGAAGGGGUCUUGAGCAUCGCCCGGCUGCCCUAGGGGCUGUGAUUGCACUGACAGCCCUGGGCUUUCCAGGACGCUGGUCACACCCGACCCAGACGUGGGUGGCCCACUGCCUACUCUCUAAGCACACCCAUCGUCUUCCCCACCAGUCAUGCCUUGUGCUUUAAGAGUUCUCUCCUCGGCUGGUUUCAGACAGGCCUUAAACACAGGUCCUCUGCUGCUGCUCUCUCAUCAGACCUCCCCAUCACUGCCACAGCACUUAACACUACUCUGCUUUCAGCCACAGUUCUGGAAGGACACACUCGCAGGUGAGUCCUAAGCAUCCUGACCAACCACACAAUACAUCAUCCUUAGUCUCAGACCUCUUCCCUCAUACAGAAGCCAGAACCACCUGGCACAUAGUAGGUGCACAAUAAAUACGUGAAUGAAUGAGUCCCUCAGAUCUGCCUCUUCCUCUGCACUCUACUUCAGCUUGUCUACGAUUUCUCCCUUCAGAGUGGCAUCAAGGGCCUCUUAGUGGCACCUGGCCUGAACCCCCUCCCAUCCUCCUCCGCCUGUAGCCAUGGCGAUGUGCCCAAAACCACACUUAACCUCUCAGAACGAUGA